AAAGAUUGGAAUCUUUGUAAUUUUGUUUUGCAAACCAGGAUGAUGCCAGAAUCUCAUACAGGAGAAAAUGUUGCAGAGGUUUUGAGAAACGCUGUGAAGGAAUUGAAAUUGCCCACUUCUCAUGGAUUUCCACCAGUUGUCUCUGACAAUGCUGCCAAUAUGAUGAAAGCAGGUGAACUCCUCGUAAACGUUCACAUUAACUGUUACGCACAUACGUUAAAUUUAGCUUGUCAAAAAUGCCUUGCAGUUAAGAAACUGGAAAAUAUUCUAGCCAAAAUUAGAAGAAUUGUAACCUUUUUUCACAGAAGCAACAUUGCAGCUGCUUUGCUCAAGAGUACAGCUGAAAGUUUAUCACUGCCUCACCACAAAUUAAUAAUGGACGUCCGCACAAGAUGGAAUAGUGCCUACGAUAUGAUCUCACGAUUUCUCGAAAUGCAGGUAGCAAUAUUUGCUACCUUGAAAUCAAAGGAGUUAGGAAAAGAAAGAGAAGCAGAAUUAAAGUCUUUCCAUGAUGAUGACUUUAUUGUGGCAGAGGAAGUGGUCCAGGUGUUAAAGCCAUUUAGGAUAUAA